CCAACACAAAAGAAAAUCUGCUGUCGUGAUUCACAAUCUUUGACAUUUACAUUUCUUUGAUUCCGAUGAAAUCUUGACGGUUAGGUUUCCAAUCACCCUUUAAUCGUGGACCCAUCUUGUUGGUUUUCCCCAAUCCAACUCCCAAUCUAGGGUUUUUAGUAUUUCAACCCAUCCCUCCACAUUUCUUGGGUGCCAGUUGAAGAUUUAGGGUUUUUGAGAUUGCUGUCGUUGUUACACAAUAAAUUUUAUACUUUGAGAAUUGAUUCGUUAUUCUUAUGAUCGGUCUAGGUAUUGUUGGCUUAGGGUGGUGGAGGUGACUGCCCUUGCAUCUGCUGCUGUAAACUAGGGUUCUAGAAAUGUUGGCUUUCCGUCGCGGUGGAUUUUAUAUGGGAAACUGUUUCUUUCAUUUGGCUGAAUGGCAUCCGCUGGAAUAGCAAAUUAUAUUGGGGGUUGAAGCCCUCUGUUUUGCAUUUAAUUCAGAUUUUGUGUUUGGCUUUUUUUCUGCUUCACGGUGCGGUUAUUCUAAUGUUGAAUAAGGGCUUAACAUUUGCUAGAGCAAUGGGCUGUUUUGGUUGUUUUGGCUUCAGUCAGAAGCCCAGACAACAAUCAAGGCCUGUUUAUGGUUCUGGGUCAAGUCAGUCCCUGGAACUUUUGUUAGAUGAAGAAAUUGAAGAAGAUGAUUAUUCAUACAAUGGUGAGGUCACAAGCACUGCCAUGGGAGACGAGGGUGAGUUGCAAGGCCGAUCAAAACGACCUGAAGAGAUUUUGAAGUUCAAAGUGGAGAAUGGAUUGAUUUGCAGACAAUUUCCUGUCAAAGAAACAAACAAGCUUAUACGCUCUGAGGAUGAAAAUGGGAAUAAAAUGGUCAAUGAAUAUGUGCGCGAACGUAAGAUUGGUUCUGGUAGCUAUGGCAAAGUGGCUUUAUAUCGGAGAACCAUAGAUGGAAAGAAUUAUGCUAUUAAGGCCUUUCAUAAGUCUCAUUUAUCAAAGGUGCGGGUUGCCCCUUCUGAGACUGCUAUGUCUGAUGUUUAUCGUGAGGUUUUAAUCAUGAAAUCAUUGGAGCACCCUAAUAUAGUUAAUCUUGUUGAGGUGAUUGAUGACCUAAACACAGAUCACUUCUAUAUGGUUCUUGAAUAUGUUGAAGGCAAAUGGGUUUGUGAGGGUUUUGGUGACACACGAGGCAUUGGUGAAGAUACUGCCAGGAAGUAUUUGCGAGAUAUAGUCUCAGGGCUCAUGUAUCUCCAUGCUCAUAAUAUAGUGCAUGGGGAUAUAAAACCUGAUAAUCUGCUGAUUACUAGUGCUGGGACUGUGAAGAUAGGGGAUUUCAGCGUCAGCCAGGUAGUUGAGGAUGGUGACGAUGAGCUUCGCCGCUCUCCUGGAACUCCUGUUUUCACUGCACCUGAGUGCUGUUUAGGUUUAACAUAUCAUGGAAAAGAUGCAGACACAUGGGCAGUAGGCAUUACUCUGUACUGUAUGAUAUUUGGAAAAUAUCCAUUUCUAGGUGAAACACUACAGGAUACAUACGACAAGAUUGUUAACAACCCAUUGAGACUUCCUGAUGAUAUGAACCCGGAGUUAAGAAACUUGCUAGAAGGACUCCUUUGCAAAGACCCAAGACAGAGGAUUACUUUGAAUGACACGGCAGAGCAUACAUGGGUUGUUGGAGAACAUGGGCCCAUCCCUCAGUACUUGUGCUGGUGCAAGCGAAAUACGCUGCAGAGAGAAGAAUUGAAGAAACCAAUGGAAGAUAUGAUACAUAACUGCUACUGACUAUAAAAUUCUCAUGUUCUCCAUUGUUUCAUGUACAGCAGAAAAACUGGUGCUUUUGAGCAGCCUUUUUGGGAUUCUAGAAUUGAUUUUCCUUACAUUAUUGGCCAGCGGGAGACUCACAAACUACUUACAAGGCCUGAAGCAAACUUUUCUGGAAUAUAUCUGAUUUGCACAAUGUAUUUUGUGCACAAAGUGUAGGUAGUAGCAAACUCUGUAUAGUGGUAUAUUGGGUUUCUAAGAGUUCCCCCAUUGUAGUUUUGGAUGUGAAAGCUUUCGGGAUAUGUCUUCAUCAUUUAAUGAGAAACAUUUUGAUAUACUCAGACAUUGCUUCUUGAUUUUAAUGAGAAGCUUUUCGAAGGACUAUGAAUUUUACGGUUGCGGUUUGACUGAGUUUUGUAAUGUUCUGUAAAAGGGUAAAUAAUGUAUAGUUUUUAUC